AUGAGCCGUGAUCUAGACAAAUGUGAGUUUUCAAUCCAAGCCUUUGGUGACGUCCCUCAACUCCAGUCUAUAAUUUUCUUCAUGUUUCUUCUUAGCUAUGCCGUCAUUAUUUUUGGGAAUAAAACCAUACUUUUUGUUAUAUUGUUGGAUCCCAAUCUUCACACCCCAAUGUAUAUUUUUUUAAUGAAUCUUUCAUUCUUUGACAUUGCCAAUGCCUCGAACAUCCUUCCAAAGCUGUUAAAUAUUCUCCUUACAAAGCAUGCGGCCAUUUCGUUUGCGGGAUGUAUAACUCAGAUGUAUUUAUUUCUGUCGCUGACUCUCAGUGAAAUUAUCCUGUUUGCAGCUAUGGCAUAUGACCGGUACGUGGCGAUCUGUCACCCGCUCCACUACUUUAUACUGAUGAGCCUCAAACGCUGUGCUUUGUUAAUCAUUGCGUCAUGGAGUUUGGGUUUUAUAGAUACUGUGGGACAUGCCGUCCAGAUAUCAAAGAUGUCCUUUUGUGCUUCCCAUGUAAUAAACCACAUUUUCUGUGAUAUUGCAGCGUUAAUGAAGCUCUCCUGCAGCGACCCGUUCUUUGUGGAAAUGCUAAACUUUAUUGAAGGUUCGUUAUUCCCGGUUCUUGCAUUCCUUCUCACGUUUACGUCUUAUGUAUUUAUUAUAACCACUAUUAUAAAAAUCAAAUCAGUAGAAGGGCGACGUAAAGCUUUUUCUACCUGCACCUCCCAUCUCAUCUGCAUUACUGUAUUUUAUGGAACUUUAAUUUGUUCGUAUAUGAGACCCACAUCAAGUUAUUCACCAAAGCAAGACAAAUUUUUUUCACUCCUUUACGUUGUCAUGGUCCCGAUACUAAAUCCCCUUAUCUAUACUCUAAAAAAUCAGGAAGUUAAAAAGGCCCUAAAGAAACUUAAAGACAGUGUGGUAUUUGGAUGA